AUGUAUGCCAGGCGCAUGCGAAGAGAACGCAAUCAUGGGUUUAUCUGCUUCAAGAUCCUUACGUCUGCUGUUGAAAUCGUCUGCGAUUUUGCAUGCCUGAGUCACGUUUACAACAUCAAUGAUUAUUCACACGAGUGGGCUCACGAGAAUAAACUUCCCGCGAUGACUUGCUGUACGGUGCUUAGUUUAAUAUUGUCCGCCUUCAAGAUUAUCAUGUCCUUUUGUGAAGCUUGUGGGGACGACAGCGAAGACUACGGCUUUUGGUCUGACACCUCAUUGCUCUUGUCACUGUUGUUGGGAGAUGUGCCAAAGUCCUGCGUGAACCUUUGGGUUGUCAGUGAACACAGGAAAUAUGUCAAUAGAUUUCAUAUUUUCAAAGCCAUCUAUGUCAUCCUUUUUAAAUGUCCUAAGCGACAUGCGGCUUUAGAUCAUCAUUUUCACUUUCGAGGAAGUGAUGAGUGUGUAAAACCAGCAUAUGUCAUUGGAACGAUUGUGGAAGCUUGUAUUGCCAUAUUAACUGGGCUUGUAUGCAUGUUUACUUCGUGA